CUGGUACCAACUGGGAUGACAUGGGAGCUGGUCCAGCAGCAGGAAACACUUCUCCUUUAGUGCUGAAGGGAAACCCUUCUUCUUCCGUUUAAGGUGUAUAGGAUGGGCUAUCUUAUUCCGCCCUCUUUCCGUACUUCCACACCCUUGUGGAUAGCCGUUCUCAUUGUAAUCAAAUGGACAGGAAAGGGCCUUAGCUGUCCGUCAAAGUGCAGCUGUGAACAAAAGGCAGUGAAUUGCAGCAUGAAGGCUUUAGACAAAGUUCCGGGCUCAAUUCCGCUGACCACCAGGGAGUUGAUUCUGUCCGACAACAAACUCGUCACGUUGCCAGUAUUAGAGAUGAGCUAUCUGAACGAACUGGUCUAUCUGGACUGCAGCCACAACCUGUUAGAAAUGGGCUUGGAUUUCACCUUUCCUGGUAUAGUCAAGUUGACGUACCUAGACCUCAGUUUCAAUAAGCUCUCCUUUGUAACGCCUUACACUUUCUCGCAGCUCAACAAGCUGCUGCUGCUGAAUCUCUCAAGCAACCCAAAGUUGGUGGAAGUGAAGGACAAAGCCUUUGACAGCAACCCCCUUCUGCGAUUUGUGGAUAUGAGCGACUGUGGCUUGACGUACGUUGGUGGCGAAUUAUUCAAAGAUCUGCACAACCUUCGUAGUUUGAGACUGAAGGGGAACCCCUGGAAUUGUGACUGCAGUUUCUUGGAGUUUUGCAACUGGAUGAAGAAAGCUGAUGUUGUGUAUCCAGGUGAGACCUCUUCCCAGGUGUGAAUUCUGUGGGGUGCCUUCUCCUGUCCGCAGGCACUCGGGGAUAGCCCACCGAGGACGCGGGACAAAGCACCCUGAGAAGCAGUACCAAGGAGGAAGAGGCAUAGCUGUCAAGCGUCCCUUAUUUGGCGGGACAGUCCCUUAUCCCAGCGCUGUGUCCCGCUGCUGUCCCUUAUUGAUGAUGUCCCUUAAAUUUCCCGGGUUUCAAAGGAAGCAGCUCCUCUCCCUCCCUCCCUCCCUGCCAACCAGGGAGGAGGGAGGCUCCAACUGUGUUGCUUGGUUGCGUUGCUCACCCAAUAAGGAGUCUAAGAACGACUGGGGGGUGGAGCUUGCAUGCCUUGUGCUGAUCAAAUUGGCCGUGUUGCCUGCGGCCCUUGCUCAGCACUUCCCAGCGGAGAGGUGACGGUGGUUUUCCUUGCUGCAUCCCCUUUGCUGGGGGGCCUGCGCUGUGGGAACCACCGCUUGAGGCUUCGUUUGGCUGCUGGUUGACUAAAAUCCCUUAUUUUGGCUACUGAUCCCUUAUUUUCGAGGUUGCUGGUCCCUUAUUUUCAAAUAUGUAAGUUUUUUUAUAAUUAAUAUUUAUUAAGUUUUCAAAGAAUAACAACAAAAAUUUCCAAAAAAAUUGAAAAUACAAAAAGCAAAAACGAUAAAGAAAUAAAAAAGAAAAAAACCAACCAUAAAAAAAGAAAAAAAGAAAAACAAAAGUAUAAAAUCAUUUACGAUCUCUAUUAACUUCCUUUCUAGACUUCCUCCUCCCCCCUCUCUUGUUUCUUAAUUUUUAAUUUUUACAGCAAAUCCUUUCUGUUUUUUCAUAACAUUCUAUCAUUACAUUUCCUUAUUCUAUUUUCCCUCUUGUCAUAUAAAAACUUUAAAACUCAAAGCUUAUAUUCAGUAUUUACCAAAUUCUUACAUCAUUACCUUUUUGCAAAUCAUUUACCAAUCCUUACUUAAGCCAUAUAGUUUCAUUCAACAUCUUUCAAACAUUUAUGAACGUUCCCAAUAUUGAAAAAUAGAAAAAUAAAAUAAAAUAAUAAGUCAGACACAAUCCAGUCAACUUCCAGCGCCCCCUCCCCUGGACCCGGGAUUGUCAGUCCUUUUAACCUCCAUAGUCCGGCUCCUUAACCUGGUUGUCUCGUGUCCGAGGCCCUCAAAUCUCUUUCUUGCCCCUUUCGCAGCUCUUCUUGAUGUUUCCCUUUCAGUCGUGGGUACUCCAGCAGAAAGAUACUUUUGACCCUUUGCAACAAGUCCAUCCCAUGCCCAUUGUCCAAGCCAGACAGCAGAUAAUACCACUUCAAGUUUCCUUGAAACUUGGAGGCUCCGACUACUCCAAUCCUCUGAUGGCCCAUCACCAGACUCGGAAAGUCCAGAUAACCAUAUAAAGGAGGUCAAUCCAUCCCCCAUUUCCAAAUCUAACCACAUUUCAUCUUUCCGAAUCUGAUUUAUCCCAAGUUCAUUUAUCAAGUUCAAAGGCUGAUCCUGCCGGUCCAAAGGUCCCUCCAUCUCUGAAGCCUCCAUCACUACAGCAGGUUCAUAUACUUGUAGAUAUUUUAACUGAGUUCCAUUUACUUGCUGCUGUGCUCUGGUAACUUCCGUCAUCAAGGUCGUCUCCUGACGCAUCUGGUCCAGCUGGGCACUUAGUUUUGAAAAACCUUCCAGGAACAUUUGUUCAAGCCUUUGUACAAGCAUUGUCCUUCAGGGUCAAAGAAAAUUCUUUCCCACGAUUAUAGUCCUUCACUUUUAAGCUCUCUGCGUUGCAGUUUCACUAAAUCCCACUAGAGGAAAACCUUUUUUUUUUCCUUUUUUUUAUAACGGAGAAAAUCAUCAGCAACAGUCUUUCUUUUCCAGAUACACUUUAUCCAAAGUUCCCCUUCAAAAUUCAAGAGGCAACAGUAGAGUCACAAUGUUACCUUUCUUUUAACUAUCUGUCGAGCUGGACAAGCUUCAAGACGUCAGUUCUGACAGCCCGCUCCUGGUUCAGGGCGGUGGAAAAUUACUUUGUUUUAAACUCACUUCCGCAGGGUUAUAAAGUCCAAAACAACCCCUUCUUCUCCUGCAGUCAAAGGGGUUCAGAAAUCUUAGGUGUUGAAUUCUAGUUCUCUCAGAAUUUAAUUUUCAAGCUUUAGUAUAUUUUGUCUUUGCUUUCUUCACGUAACAAAAGAACGGAAGGUUGACUUCCUGCUUAGACCUUCUCAUUCCAAGUCCCAAUUAAAUUCAAUUUCAAGUCCAAUUUAUUUAUUUAUUCACCAGUCUUAAAAGUAAUUCAGCUCUUCCAAGAUCAGGUACUCACGGAUAGAUGUUUUAGAUGCCAAAUUGUCCCAGGAAAAAGGCAGCGCUCUUCGGAAACGGCAGUGCGGCUUUGCUGCACGAAAGAAGCAGUCGACUCACAGCACCACGCACCUCCCACUCCGGAGCCCGUUACCGGGCUCCUGUACAAGGGGAGAGCGCUCACGGUGCCCGCUGAGUCCCACGUCCACAGGCUUCAUCCGCCUGUGGGUUUUAAGGGUCCCCGCUGCGCCGUAGCGGUAGGACCCAAGCUUCCGUGCAGCGGGUUCCCUUCAACUUGAAGGGAAUUCCGCCAUUUUCCGGAGGCGCCACCCCGGAAGUCUCAAAUAUGUAAGUUGACAGCUAUGGGAAGAGGAAGCAUGGGGAAACGGGAGACAAAGGAUGAGCUAGUAAAAUCCUCAAUGAUACAUUGGACAAUAGAUAUUGUUCAUAAUAUAGACACGGAAGCAUGGGAACGAUUGUGGAAUAGGGAUACAAAAUUUACAGCAUGUUAUAAUCUAAGAGAAAAAUGAUAUGAAAAUGAUAUAUCGAUGGUAUCCAACACCGAGUAAAUUGGCCAAAGUGUAUAAAUCUAAAUCAAAUAAGUGUUGGAAAUGUAAAGAGAAAGAAGGUUCUUUUUGUCAUAUGGGGUGGUCUUGUAGGAAGGCUAAAGCUUACCAGGAAAUGAUAUAUAAUGAAUUGAAAAACAUGUUUAAAAUAACGCUUGUAAAAAAAACACAACAACCCGGAAGCUUUUCUUUCGGGAAUUAUAGGGACAGAACUACUUAAACUGUACAGAAAUUUAUUAAUGUAUGCUACUACAGCGGCAAGAAAGUUUUUCUCCCCAAAAUGGAAUGAAGCAGAAGUCCCAGCAAAGGAAGAAUGGAUGCAAAACCUUAUGGAAUAUGCAGAAAUGGCAAAAUUUACUGGAAGAAUAAGAAAUCAAGAUAACAAACUUUUUAUAAAAGAAUGGAAAUGGCUUAUUGAAUAUUUACAAAUAAAUUGUAAACAGAUAGGAAUAUUGGCAGGAUUAUUGUAAUAACCUGCCAUUUCAUAAGAGUAUAUAUUUAAAGCAGAUGAAUAAAUGAGCAAAUUAAAUUAUUUUGGAUAUACAGAAAAUAUUCAAAAUAAAUUUAAGGAACCGCAUUAUACAUUUCACUGAUUUUACAAUCUUUUUGACAUUUUAAAACUUGAAUUCCUUCCCCCUCUUUCUGCAGUUUCAUAAGUUUUUGUAUCCUUCUUCCUUUGCUGGGACUACUUCUUUCCAUUUUUGGGCAAGUAACAUCCUUGCUGCAAAUAUUGCUCUAUUUCCUUCACCGCCCCCUUUUGACACUUGAAGUGUAGAUUUUUAAGUAUUGUGUUUUAAUGUUGUAACUCAUCUUGGGACCUUAGGGUGAAGGGUAGGUUAGUAACGAUGAUGAUAUGCUGAUGAAGAUGAUGAAGAAGACGAAGAAUACAGUGGUACCUUGGUUCUCAAACUUAAACCGUUCUGGAAGUCCGUUCCAAAACCAAAGCAUUCCAAAACCAAGGCACGUUUUCCCAUAGAAAGUAAUGCAAAAUGGAUUAAUCCGUUCCAGACUUUUAAAAACAACCCCUAAAACAGCAAUUUAACAGGAAUUUUACUAUCUAAUGAGACCAUUGAUCCAUAAAAUGAAAACAAUAAACAAUGUACUGCAGUCACACAAUCAAUCAGUAGCUGAACUGGGUUCCACACAGUCACACACAAAAAAGAGCCACAAAAGCAAAAACGCAAAAUAAAUAGCAAAAACAGACAGACCUCAGAGUAACACUCAAAACGGAAGUGUGGCACUUAAAUUGGAAGCGUAACACUCAAAAUGGAGCACGUUCAGCUUCUGAAAAAAGUUCUCAUACCGGAACACUUACUUCCGGGUUUGCAGUGUUUGGGUUCCAAGUUGUUUGAGUACCAAGACAUUUGAGAUCCAGGGUACCACUUUAUAUUAAACUUUAAAUCUAGCUUAUGUGGAGGAAGGUGAGAGAAGGUGGAGAUUGUUCAUAAUAUACUGGUGGUGGUGGAAUAGGUCUGCUCUAGAGCAUGAAUGUCUGACCCAACUGAAGAUGCCCUGUACUUCUGUGAGCCAGAGAAGUUUCCUCCCUUUCAUGAUCUCUCCAGGGUUCUUCACUCGUUUUUUGCUUGUCCUUGGUCUGUUAAGGCACAUUCCUAUUAUAGAUCUACCAAUUAACAAAUUAAAAUGCUGACUGUAACUCCUCUUAAAUCUGUUUGUUUUUCCCCCUCCCCCAGACUCUGAGGAAAUGACUUGCAACAAACCAGAACUUCUCAAGGGUCUGACACUCAAUGUGGCCGAAACGAAGCUCCACUACCUCUGCCUUGUGCAUUUAGACUUCCAAGAUUUCGUCUUCUUGGGUCUGAUGGCCAUCUGCAUCUUUUUUGGAGGAACUUUGGUGGCCUGGCUGGUUGGGCUAGCCACAGUGAUCUAUUAUCACCCCGUAAUGAAGGUGGACGAGGAAUUGGACGAGGAGGAAUACAGAAUGAUUUAGACCUGCUGUUUUGGAGCUCUGAGAAGUGUCAAUGGCUUGUAGCCCUUCUGUUUCACUGCAAAAUCCAUUUGCUG